AUGGACAACAUGGAUUGCGCCAACGAGUGUAAAGUUAAAGAUUGCACAUAUUGCUCAAAAAGCAAGUGUUUCCAAUGCAAAAACAGCUUAGUUUUAUACGAGUGGACUGACGAAACUAAUAACAACGCUUUCAUGCAAGAAUGUGUCGAUUGCACCAAACCCGAAAACGACAGAAAAUGUGGUAGAUGUCCUCUCGGUGAGUAUUUCGACACUGUUAACUUCCACUGUAAAACAUGUCGAGCCGACUGUCAAAGAUGCACAACUGCAACGGAUUGUUAUUUGUGUGUUGAAAACAAAGCACUUCAAAAUGCCAGUGACCCUGAGAGUCAAUGUCAGGCAAUCACUGGAUGUGUUGACGGGCAUUACUAUGGGAAUCACUGUGAAUUAUGUGCAGACGGAUAUUACUUAGACUUGGGGUAUUGUUCUGUCUGUGAUGAACAUUGCAACAAAUGUAUUGGUAAAAACGAGUGUUAUGACUGUGACUCUGACAACAAAUAUUUCCUUACCAAUGGAAAGUGUGAACAAGAUGAGAAGUGUGUGAGGUGGUCGAACACUCUUGGAUGUGUCGAUUGUGAAGAAGGGUAUUAUUUAGGUGACGAUUCUAAAUGUACCAAAUGUGAUGCAAAUUGCAGAAGUUGUUUGAAUUCGACGUAUUGCUUCUCUUGUUCCGAUGGAUGUUUCUUUGAUGAUGUUGAGAAGGGAGUAUGCAAACACAAACAGGACAGAUACUGUAGUGUUGUCGACUUAUAUGGAUGCCUUCAGUGCAAAUACGACGUGUCGUUUGAUUCAACUCUUGAUGAUCCCAUUUAUAACUUGACGAAUAAUGUUGUUGAGAACUUCACAUUGAAUUCCUCAGUACUUCUUGGGUAUUACUUAGUACCACUUAAAUACGACAAUGAUACGAUAAAACAGCCAAUUACAUUUGAAAAAGAGUGUGGGGUCUGUGAUAUGAGGUGCAGAAUAUGUGAAUACAAAUCAACGUGGUGCACUGGGUGUAACAACGGAUAUACUCUUGAAACGAACGAAGAAGCCACUGCUGAAUACAAGGCGUUGUUCCCAGGCUCAGACACAAAAAUUCUUUCGUGUAAAGUCCAACCACCUGAGUGCAAGACAACCGAAAUGGGUUAUUGCACUGGCUGCAUUGACAACUACUUCAUUUCUGGAGUCACAUGUAACACGUGCGACAAGUCAUGUGAUACAUGCACUGAGAACACAUUCUGUCAGUCUUGUAACAUGGAAAAGGAUGAAAAUGGAAGUGCUGUUUGGUGGAGACCGCCAUCAUUCAACACUAAAGAAGGCAAAGAAAAGGGACUUUGUUUCAACGUCACCGAGUCGAUAUCAGCUGGAAAGGGUCUUGACAAGUGCGAAGGCAAUAUUACACAGUCUGGGUGUUCUUCAUGUGUCACUGGAUACUAUUUGAAGGAUGGAGAAUGUCUCCAAUGUCCUAAUGAAGGCAAGGAGAAGUGUUACAAGUGCCGAUUGAAUCAAGACGUCGACCCUGAAGUUGUUGUAUGUACUGAGUGUGAGCCUGACACUGAAUAUCUUGGAAAGGAUGUUUUAUGCCACAAAUGUACUGAGCUUAAGAAUUGUGCCACUUGUAAUACACGAGGGUGUUACACGUGCAAUGAAGGAUAUUCUGUCUCAGCUGAUAGAAUGGAGUGUACAAAGGUGAACCUUGCGUUGAUCAUUCCAUUAGUUGUUGUUGGUCUUAUUUUGAUUAUCAUCAUCAUUGCUGUCAUCAUCUUCUUUGUCUGGAGACGUAAGAGACAAACAAUGAAGGAGAGAGAAAAGGAGAUCAAGCCUUUUAAGGUGUCGAAUGCAGUUGAGAUGGCUUUGUUGUCGGCAGAUAACGCAAACUUCCCAUUGAAGACCAACAAGUGGACGAUGAAUUUUGGUCACGCCGGUUCAAAGGUACUUAUCGAUCAGCCAUAUGAAGAAAUCGUUGAAGUGUCGAAUACCACUAAGAAGUCAUAUUUCUUCGAAAUCAUUGCUGGUGCCUCGCAUUGUUAUGACCUUACUGCAGAGCCAAUGAGAUAUACGUUGAAGCCCGGAUAUGCGAUUUCCGUCAAGUUCACCAUUAAGAUGUUGUGCACUGCUAUUGUGAGUAACGACAUUGGUAUAGUUGCUAUGGAUAUGGAUGAAGAAGUGAAAGAAACCGCGAAGUUGUCGAUUAUCAUUGAGUCUGAUUUGUCGACCAAAUUGAAUCACGAAGAACUUCAGUUACAGAUGCCGGCUAUUGGUGAAGGUGCGUUUGGUAUGGUCUUCUGUGGUACAUACAGAGGGCAAAAAGUUGCUGUGAAGAAGAUGAAAGCAAGAAACUUGACUGAAGAACAAGAAAAGGAGUUCAAACAUGAAGUCAAUAUGUUGACGCAAUAUCGACAUCCAUGCGUGGUGUCUUUAGUUGGUGCAGUUUACACUGAAGGUGAAAUUUCGAUUGUUACUGAAUUUGCGGAUUACGGUUCACUCAGUAAGAUCUGGGAGAAGUCUAAAGUCUCUCUUGAUCUUAAAGUGAAGUUCAUGGAAGACUUGGUUGUUGGGUUGGCCUUCUUGCAUGAUAACAACAUCAUUCACAGAGAUAUUAAGGGCGAGAACGUCUUGGUCUAUUCACUGAAUCCACACUCCCCAGUCUGUGGUAAAUUGACGGACUUUGGUACAUGCAGAAACAUCUCCGAGAGAGCGUUGUCGACGAAAGAAUUGUCCCAAGGUAUCGGAACACCAACAUACAUGUCACCAGAGUGUUUGGCUAAUACUGCAUAUACUUACUCGUCUGAUAUCUAUUCACUUGCUAUGGUCUUAUACGAGACAUACACGGAAAAGCAAGCUUACAUCAACGACGAAAGAUUUAAUCAACCUUGGAUGAUCCCUCAGUUUGUCAUUGAAGGAAAAAGACUUGAGAAGCCAAAUGGUAUUCCAGAGAACUAUUGGACUCUCGUCGAACAAUGUUGGAAGCAAGAACCCACUGAGAGACCAACUAUCGGCCAAGUCUACCAAAUACUUGUUAGUUGGGGAUUGGAUAUCACCAACACAGAAAUGUCAGGGCAAUCCGCAAUGAAGCAAGAAAAGAACGUAAACCCACCACCUCAAGAAGAAAAGAAAGAAGACGUCCCACAACAACAGACUGAAUCUGUCCCAGUUACUGAACCUGCUGCUGAUACUGCAGAUAAGAAGUCUGUCUCCUCAAAGGAGGACUAA